AUGGAUGUCGACGAUUAUGACAGACACUUCCGAUUGCUCAUAUGUGGCGGAAGUGGUACAGGAAAGUCCACCAUUUUGUCACGCUUUUCCUUCGAAGGUGGUGGAUCUGAAGGAAAAAGUAUCCUCAAAUUAGACGGGGAAAUAAUACGAAUUGAUGUUCGCAAGAAGGACAAUUGGCAACGAGAAUAUGUUUCUGAAUUCGAUGCUGUGAUCGCCGUGUUCGCUUCAGAUGAUUUGAAGAGCUUCGAAUACGCUGUGGAAAUUGUGCGCAGCGUGCAGAACUGUGACUUUCUGCCGGUCGUUAUCAUCGAGAACAAAAUUGAUCUGAUUGACAAUUACAAUUUCUCCAAUAAAGAAAUUAUCGAAGACGCAAUUACGAAGGCACGAGUACGCAUGUACAGAGUUUCUGCGGAGCAGGAGUUCAACGUGAUGCAACCCUUUGCAUAUAUACUGGAGAAGCUGCUGCGAUAUCGUGACGAGAAUGCGAAUGUCCACGAUCGAACAUUUCAAAACUGUCGACCCACAUCUCGAGAAGCAUGGGUGGAACGACCGGUGGCGACGUCGAGCAAAAAGAGCUCAAAUUGCAGUAUCAUGUAA